AGUGAAACCUUCUUCUCUGAAACACCAUUCACCAAACACUUCCAGUCCACUGCCACCGACGUUGACCCACCGUCCACCAUCGUCAACUCCUCCGUCCGUCCGCUGCCAGUCGCCACUUGCCACGCCGCCAGCAGCCACGUAGGCCAGCCACCGCAGCAGCGAGCAGCACUGCCAGUCGUCGUCGUCGAUCGCCGCCCGCCGGCUCUCCACAGGCCCACAGCCAGUCAGCCACCACUCAUUCAUCUCUCAACUCUCAUCUCUCGUUUUCGUCACUCGUAAGUCGAUCACUCCCCUGCGUUCUUUUUGCACAGAGAUUCCAAUUGGUUUAUAGGUGAUUUCAGUGGGAGCAAGAGGAGGUAAAGGAAGGAUGGGUUACAUAGGGGCUCAUGGAGUGCAAGCCCUUCAUAGGUACAAAUACAGUGGGGUGGAUCACUCCUAUGUUGCGAAGUAUGUGUUGCAACCCUUUUGGAGUCGCUGCGUCAAUUUCUUCCCCCUUUGGAUGCCACCGAAUAUGAUUACGCUUACAGGAUUUUUGUUCUUGGUCACAUCUGCGUUGCUCGGAUAUAUUUAUUCUCCACUGUUGGAUUCACCUCCUCCAAGAUGGGUUAAUUUUGCGCAUGGAUUGCUUCUCUUCCUUUAUCAGACGUUUGAUGCUGUUGAUGGAAAACAAGCAAGACGAACAAAUUCCUCUAGUCCACUAGGAGAGCUUUUUGAUCAUGGGUGUGAUGCGCUUGCAUGUGCAUUCGAAGCCUUGGCUUUUGGGAGUACUGCGAUGUGUGGACGGGAUGCUUUCUGGUUCUGGGUUAUAUCAGCUGUUCCUUUCUACUUCGCUACUUGGGAAAGCUAUUUCACCAACACACUAGUUCUUCCGGUAGUAAAUGGACCAACAGAGGGUCUCAUGCUGAUAUAUCUCAGCCAUUUCUUUACAGCUUUAGUGGGGUCUGAGUGGUGGGCUCAGCCGUUUGGGAAUUCUAUGCCUCUCGUGAGUUGGGUUCCUUUUCUGAACGAAAUUCCGACCAAUAAAGCCGUGUUGUUCCUGAUGGUAGUUUUUGCUGUUAUUCCAACAGUCUAUUGCAAUAUUAACAAUGUUCAUAAGGUUGUUAAGGCAACAAAAGGAAGUAUGCCGCGGGCGCUGGCCAUGCUUUACCCAUUUGUUGUUCUAUUGGGAGGAGUGCUUCUGUGGGACUACUUAUCUCCAUCUAAUUUAAUGAAGAACUACCCUCAUCUUGUGGUAGUGGGAACUGGGCUUGCAUUUGGAUUUCUUGUGGGAAGGUUGAUUUUGGCUCACCUGUGUGAUGAACCCAAGGGUCUGAAAACAAAUAUGUGCAUGUCUCUGCUUUGUCUACCUUUUGCCGUUGCAAAUGCGCUCACUGCCAGACUUAAUGAUGGAGUUCCUAUGGUUGAUGAGUUCUGGGUUCUUCUCGCUUACACUGCAUACUCAGUAUCACUCUAUCUGCAUUUUGCCACUUCUGUUAUACAUGAAAUCACAUCAGCGCUCGGGAUAUACUGUUUCAGGAUAACAAGAAAAGAAGCUUGAGCCGUUUUACGCUCAAAAUUUUGCUUUCAACCUCGAACUACCUGGGAUUGAAGUUUGACUUUCCUUGCCUAGUCGAUUCCUGAACCUGGCUUUUGAAGGAUGUUUGGGGUUCAACGAGUGCCUCUUUGACUUUUCACAGUUUGAGAGCUUUGUUUGAACUCGACUUCAAAUUCAUGUUUAGUUCAAGUAGCUAAGAUGAACUUCUUUUUUGAAUUUUCCCUUUCGAUUUUUGUUGACUAAGAUGUUUCUCUAGGAUUUUUCGAUUAGUUGACCUCCUAAAGGUGUUAUGCUUUUGACAAUAUUUAUGUUUGUUGUUUGCAGAAUUGUUUGUUAUUGUAUUUGAAUUCAUUUAGAUUUGUUGAUACUUGAAAGGAGUAUAUAUUUCUCUUCUCUUCCCC